GGAAGGGAAUUGUAGAAGUACUCUGCGUUGUAAAAUAUAUCAGGGGAAUGUGUUAGCUGUAACAAAUCCAUAAACGUCUGCUCUUAAAGUUGAUAAUGUAAGGAUGUUGGUAUGAAGUUAGCCAGAGUAAGUAAAGUUUGAAGCAUUGUAAACAAUUUUGUUCGAACUAGCUUGUCACGCUAUGAGAUAAUUAUAUAAAUAGAAUGUAGUUCAAACCGAUGCGUUAUAGCUGCAUUUUUAGCUGUUGUGUGCCCAACGACUAGCUCAUACAUGGCUUAACUAAAUCGAGUGCAGAAAUAUAUAAGUCAAAACGUAAACUAGAAGAGUUAGAUUUGUGAAUAUCUCAACAGUUUUGUAUCGAUAUAAUUUUUGUAAUCUUCAAGGAAAUUGUAACUCAAGUACUUUGCCACCAUGGAUGACGAGCAUGAAAACUUGAAGGAACGUCUAAAUGAUCUCCGCAUAACCUCCUCCACAAAUAUUAAAAAAACGCAGGAGACAUUGAAUUUUCUUAAGCAGGUUUUCAACCCAAAUGAUUCGAAUAAAAAAAUAUGCGACCUUAUGGUUGAUUGCAAAUUUUUCUCAACCGUUUCAACAAUAUGGAAGACAUCUGAACGUGAUUCUUUUGAUAUUUACUGUGAACUGGAAACUCCGCGAGGAAAGGUGUUUCAGAGCGUGAAAGAUGUGAUGUGGAGCUACACCGACAAAAACAGGAAGUUUUGCAAAGCACUCCACGACAAUAAAAUUGUUCACAUUCUACUAGAAGAAUUAAAAUUUAUUGAUAAAUGUCCCGACUUCAAAGAUGAUUUCAAGCGACAGUACGUCAAGGCCACCUUGGGGAUACUACAUAAUCUUGUCCGGAAUUACAACGAUAUCAGUGAAGCAAUUCGAGGUGAAGAUGGUAUCGAAACCAUAAAAUCCUAUGGCGAAUCUGAAUAUCUUAUAAUAAAAACGUACGCUUUCAUGAUUUUGUCUUACUGUGUCAGAAGGGAGGAUGUCGAACAACUAUUUCCAGGCAAGGAGGUGUUCGAAUUUGUUCUUAAGUUGCUAAAAGAAUCUAUAAGUGCUCAAAAUCAUGUUUGUCCAAAGUAUGGAAUUUCAGCGUAUGAAUUAGUCGAUGCAUUAAGUAAAGCAACAAAAGACGAAAAAAAUGCGAUGGAGAUGAUCAACGCCGACUAUUUGCCUACUAUUUUAAAGAUGUUGGAUCUAACCAGGUUCAGCGAAAAAGAAGUAUUGGCGGCUGUGGAAAUUAUAUGGGGUUUAACACUUCACACGAAGAGUAAAGCAGAUCUGUUAAAGAGUGAAGAAGUACCUAGUGAGAUUACGAAGUUAUCUCAAACAAAAAAUUUGCAAAAGUUGUGUUCAAGUGUUUUAUACACAUUGAGCUCACACGAAGAGCAUAAGCAGCGUCAUGUGAUGCUGAGUUAUCAAUGGGAUAUACAAGAAUCUGUUGAAAAGUUGUAUGAAUAUCUAGUAAAGGAAGGAUUUAAGGUUUGGAUGGACAUUCACAGAAUGAAAGGCUCAACAUUGGAAUCAAUGGCAGAAGCUGUUGAAAACGCAUCAAUUAUAGUCAUGUGUGUUACUGAAAAAUACAAAGAGAGUCAUAAUUGCAAGAGAGAAGCAGAAUACGCCGCUGUGAGAAAAGUACCUAUACUUCCCCUGAAGUUCGAUGCAGGUUAUGAUCCGAAAGGAUGGCUAGGAAUAAUUAUGGGAGCCGCAUUGUACGUAGAAGUUGAUAAAAAUGAACCAUCAAAAAAAUUUCAGAAUAUUAAAACUCAGAUCGAACAACUCCAAAAAAACUAAUUUAUUUUGUUAUGUAGAUUAUUAUGUAAUAUUUUUCAGUUCUAAAUACAUUUAUUUAAUGCAUUAAUCAGAAUAAUUGUUCAAACGAUUAUGGUUUACAUUACGUGAGCAAUCAUUUAGUUAUCAACAUGUUGACAAAAUGAAACUUUUAUCUGUUUCACGUGAUACUUGUAUUCCUUUAGCAUAGUAUAUAUAUGUGAUCAAAUAAUCACGUUUGUAAUGUUUUAAUUUAUCAGGUCACAUCAUAUUAUGUUCUGUACCUAUUUUAAUGUUGACGAUUAUGUAACAGUUUUUGCAAUAUCGUUGCUGUUAUUCAUACUAUUUUGAUUCACAAAUUUAUUGAAGAUAAUGAUAAGCUUUCAUCGCGAUAUAAUUUACUUCGAACAUUUUUCUUUGCACUUAAGAUAGUAGAAUUAUAGUAUACUAACAUUGUUAGAACAAAUAUAUGACUUUACGUUUUGUGUAACGUUUCGUCUGACCAAAAUCAAACAAGAAAAAGAAACACAAUAAGUUUUUCCAAUAAUAUUGAACUAUUUCGAACUUUUCCGACAUAGCG